CCUCCUGCAGCGGCGCCGCCGCCGCCGCCGCCGCCUUUCUGAGGAGUUUUGCGCUCACCUCAGAGUCGCCGCCGUCGCCUUCCUCGUCCUCUUCUUCCUCCUCCCCCUGCAAUGGAGCCGGCAGGAGCAGGCGCCGGGCCAGCAGCCGUAGGAGCCGCUGCGCUCUUUCUGGCGGGGAACGAGCGGCAGUGCUACUCCGAGCUCUUCUCGCUUUGCGGUGGUGGCGGCGGCGGCGGCGGCGGCGGCCAAGCUGCGCCCGAGGCGGGAGCGACAGGUCCAGCCCCCGCCGCUGGAGGGAGCAAAGUGGCGGAGUUGUUCCGGGCGUCGCAGCUCCCCGCGGAGACGCUGCAUCAGAUUACAGAACUGUGUGGUGCUAAACGUGUUGGUUAUUUUGGUCGUGCUCAGUUUUAUGCUGCACUGAAGCUAAUUGCUGCUGCACAGUCUGGUCUCCCAGUACAAACAGAAAGCAUUCAGAAUGAAUUGCCCUUGCCUCGAUUUGUUGCUCUGAAAACUGAUAGUGAAAUAAGAUACACUCAUCCAGCAGAAGCACAUGGACCUAAAUGUCAGAUUCCACAUGCAGCACUUGAAAAAAAUUGCUUCAGAAGAUUGGAUGAAGGAGAGAAACAGCAAGAAGCAAAGUCUCCACCCAUGUCUCCCAUUGACUCACCCCCAGCUUCUCCAUCAAGCUACCAGAGGAUUCCCUUGACUUAUGGGUAUGGUAUAUUGAGAAGUGGGCUUGAGCAGCAGCAUGGAGGUUCCUAUGAAGCUAGACUUUCUACUCACCAGCAAGAUCGACAAACAUCAGGAAACUAUGGAUCCAAAUUAGUUCCUGCACAUUCCUCUCUCAUUCGGUCUUUUUCAGUAGAGAGAGAGCCACAGGACAGCAGUAGUAAUUACCCUGAUGACCCCUGGAGGAUAACUGAAGAACAACGAGAAUAUUACAUCAACCAAUUCAAGUUCCUACAACCUGAUCUGAACUCUUUCAUUUCAGGUUCUGUGGCUAAGAACUUCUUCACAAAAUCUAAGCUGCCUAUCCCUGAGCUUUCACACAUAUGGGAACUUAGUGACGUAGACUGUGAUGGAGCGUUGACAUUGCCAGAGUUCUGUGCUGCCUUUCACCUUGUCGUUGCUCGGAAAAAUGGUUAUCUCUUGCCAGAUACCUUGCCAGAGACUCUAUUACCUGACUGUCUUCAAACAGCUUCCCUUAAGCCUAAAAGUGAUCGCAUGUUGAAUUCUUAUUCAGAACCAUUGUCAGUAAGUCAACAAGCAAGAGACUUCAAUAGGAUUGAGCUUGAAACUGUCUGUGAGGAUCCAAACAACUCAGAGCCAUUAAUUCUCUUUGAGGCAACUUCUGUUGAGCCAGAGACUUCACUUGAAGAGAUGCCUGAUAAAGCUGCCCUGACACAGGACACAAGUAAUGAUGACAAACAAGGUCUGAAAGUUAGCGCAUCUGCCCAAGCAAUACCAAAGGAAUUUAAAGCAUCUCAGCACUUGGCUGUCAAAACAGUUGCUCAGGAGUCGAACACACUCAAAGCAAGACCGAGAUCCAGGUCUUAUUCCAGCACGUCUAUUGAAGAUGCAAUGAAAAAAGGGGGAGAACCACCAACUCCCCCACCCAGGCCACAGAAAUCGCAUUCCAGAGCAUCCUCCUUAGAUCUAAAUAAAAUCUUCCAGCAAAACACACAAGCACUAAGGGCAGGCUGGCUUCCACCACCACCACCACCACCACCUGCUCUACCUCCUAGGCCUUUUGUAUCCCAGGUUUCUCAUCCUAUCACAAAUGCCGAACAAAGUGCUCAAGUCAAAUCAAGCUACGUGGACUUCAGACUUCAAGAACAGGUGGAACAAGAAUCUGAGAUUGAAUUACCUUUGCCAAUGAACAGAGCCUCAUCACAGCUGGAAGAAAACAGCCCAACGAAAAAAGAGGUUUCACUUACUCAGCCACCAUCAAAACCAAUUCGCAGGAAAUUCCGGCCUGAAAGCCAGAUGCUGGAGAACCAGGAACUUUCUCCCACUAAAAGUGUAGCUUCUUCCUUGCCUUCUAUCAAGUCCCACCAUUCAAUCCCAAAACAGUCUUCAAAGCAGAAGAAAGCGAUUCAGACUGCUAUUCGUAAAAACAAAGAAGCCAAUGCAGUGCUCGCUCGGUUGAAUAGUGAACUCCAGCAACAGCUAAAGGAAGUUCACGAAGAACGAACUACGCUGGAAACACAGUUGGAGCAGCUCCGACCUGUAACUGUUUUAUGACAUUCUGUAACAGAAUGUUUGUUCCAAGAACCUUUAGAUUUUAUCCGCACAACGUAUUGGCAUAAACUUUUUUCACUAAGGCAACAUCAUUUGGAAAAAGUGACUGCCAGAUUUCUUUUGCAUUUCUUGCACCAGUUUACCUUGCAGGUGAAGAAGGUACACAAUCUGAAUGUCAAACCAUAUGCCUAGAAAGCCGAACUUGUUUCUCCACUGAUUCUUCAGGAAUGCCUUAGUCAAAUUCCAUCUCUCUCUUAUUAUUAAGACCUUAUUUAUUCCCAGAAUUCUUGAUUUAUUGCGAAAGGGGAUGGGGAAUUUACUUCCAGUAAAUUUGUUUAUAUUUCACUUCACACUAGAUUCCUUAGAUAUCUGUGGAUGUUCAAGGUCCCUAGUUUUAGAAUAAAUGAAAGUAGCAUCUACAAAACUUUGUACUUGUCAUGAAUAUUAAUUGACAAUAUUUUUUUCAAUCCUCUUUGUGUUUACUAGUCACCUCUAGAUGUAAAGCACAGUCCUUUGCUGUGUUGAUGCAAUAUACGCACACAUCUCCUUCUACAACCUACCACUGGAAAUUGAUCCCCUGCCUGUUUCUCAAGCCUUCAUCCCAGCCCCUCUUCAGUAGUUGCCUCUGGUCCAGGGUUGGCCCUACCAUUAGGCAGAGUGAGGCAGCCACCUCAGGUAGCACAUGCUAUGGUGCUGGGAAUUAAUGGUGACAAGAUGUUGGAGGAUAGUGGUGUGUGUGCCAUGUGGCCUGCCUUGUGCCCCCUAUGCUAGUUUGGGGUUGCCCUGGGGUUGAAGGAGUGGAGCACUGUGGGCCUGUAGCUUCUGGUAGAAGCCUUGCAACUUCUCCAGCCAGUUACAGCAGCUUUGAUGAAUGUUGUACUGCCCUCAAGCCACGUGAUAGUGUGGACCAUUUAACUGUCUGAAGUUUCAAUUCAUGGAGUUUCAUGGGGGUUGUCUGCCUGCACUGACAUGUGAAUGCCUUUUUACUCGUAUUCAAUGGUUCUCCAUGCUACUGCAGCAUGAAAUCCACAUGACUUGGAGUGGGCAAAUGCAAGGAUUGUGUCACAGACCGUUUCUACGCCUGCCUUUUUCCCCAUGAUUGUACAGGGAUGAUCCCUGUGCAUCCAAAUGACACACAGGGGUCCCGGGAGCAGGCAGGGACGAUCCCUCCAUUUUCCUGGGAUAAUCCUUAGGUGUAGUAACGGCCACAGUUGAUACAGGGCAUCCUCAUUCACCACCACUAUAUGUUAUGCAGUCAUGGUGCUGGUGCAGUGGUAGGUUGUGUCAGCACAAUAGGGUUUGUGGAUUGUCUCUGAUGUCAAUUCUGAUUACAGGUUUUGUAUUUUACUGCUUAUAUACUAUCAAGUGAUGAAAAGAUUAAAUCCAAAAUUUAGAGAUUCAUUGUGUUUGGUAUUUAGAUGUUUUUACUUCUGUUCUCAGUGGGCAGUAUUCAUAGGCUAAAUAUAUGUGUCUUGGUAAAAUCUGACUGACUUGCUUUAUAUGUAAAAUUGUAUUGCUUUAUAUUGAAGUUAUCACAGAAGUAUAACUUCUUUUCAUUCAGUAUCACAGAUAACUUCUUUUCCUUUUCAUUUGGGAUUAAUAGAUAUUUCUUCAUUAAUGUGAUGGUUGUCUUCGUCGUCUGUCCUGUUCCAUUUAACCGAAAGAUAGUCCCAUUUAGCCCAGUAAGACUACUUUGGAGUAUGCAUCGCUUGGUUUGGCUUGCAUCCAAAUAUAUAGUACGCCUUGAUUUGCAUUCUGAGAUUUCAGUGACAAUGUGAAACUCAUAUUUGGGCAAAGGGGGAAGUAGGAAAAGCUUUUUUUUUACCAUGAAUCACAUUUAUAUAAUUUGGCUUUUUCCUUAAGUAUUUGUGUUUCUUACACAUCACCUAAAACAUACCUUCCAUGUUGCAUUAUCUUCAAGAUAUGUUGAUGGCUCCUGGCUUGGAUCACUUUGGAAGGGGGCUACCAGUUAUUGGGGGCAGUGGGGACUAGAGAAGAAGGCUAUUACUUUCAUCUAGCUGGCUAUUAUUGGAAACCGGAUAUGGGACUAGAUGGCCCCUUAGAAGAAUCCAGCAGGGUUCUUCUUGCAUUCUUGUAACAUGCCCCACAUACUUCAUUUAAAUUUUCAAUCUCUUCUGCCUAUUUUUACUAGACCAACAAGAAUAUACUGACAAGGAACUUUGCUCUAGUCUUCAAACAAAACAAAUCUUAAUCAUGUUUAUGGAUUCUUGGCCUUAGCUCAGUAGUAGUGCAUGUGUUGCAUGCAAAAGGACCUUGGUCCAGUCACUGAUAUCUCUAGACAGGAACGACUUCUGGCUGCCACUCUGGAUUGCUGCUGCCAAUCAUUGUAGGCCAGGGAUGGGCAGAAGAUAGGUCUUCAGAUAGAUCUCCAGAUGGACAUCUUCCAGAAAGCCCUGCCAACAUGGCCAAACAUCCACCUUCUUACAUCCCCUCAUGUAGGCAGCACUGAGCAAGACGGACCAAUGAAGUGACUCAGGAUAAGACAGUUUCCUAUAAACACAGUAGUACAGGUGAUGGAAAAUUAAACGUAUGUUUUGAAUUCAAGCUAGAUUAUCAGGUUCUCCAUUGAAUCUUAUAUUGAAAAAAUAUGUUUUCCUUUAUUUUGAUUAUUAAUUACUAUAUCCAUCACAGAUAUAUGACUCUUUAGAAUUUGUCUGAAGGGACUUCCUUCCUGUAUGUAUAUUCUAAAGGUAAAUGAUUAAUUUGUGGUUUAUGCAAACUUUUAUACAGCUGUACAGUAUGAACAUCAUCAGUGCAAAUAUUAAUGUUGACAAGAAACAGAAUGUCUUGGCUAGCAUUUAUAAAAGGUUAUUUGAGACAGAGAUCUGGAAGUAUUAUGUAUAACACAAAGUUGUCUAAGAUAAUCACACAUUGAAUGUUUUAAACUUUUUUGUAGCAAUGAUAUGUGGUUUUUUAAAAAUGACUUUGAUUAACUCUCCAAAGUGUAUAUGAGGAUUCUCUCCAGUUCAAAGCCAAAAAUAAUGAUGCCCUGUGACAAAAUGAGUUUGGAAGCUAACCAUUCAUUUUUGAUAGUCAUAGGCUAUCAUCUUCCCGGUACUUAGUCUAUUAAGGGAACAAUCCUGUACUCGCUGAAGGGCAAUUGAUGGCUAUAGGAUGCUGAGGACAUCUCUCUGAGCAUGGACAACUCUCCGCCCCCCACCCCACCCAAUGCAGCAGUGGAAAGGUUUGCUGCUAUUUGUGCUCCAUGAAUAGGACAUAAUAGGGGAAGUGAUGGAUCCACAGGAUCCUAUGCUCCCUCAUUCCUCUGGCAUGCCCAAAACAAGGACCAGAAACUGCAACAGCCAUGGAGCUAGUGCAGUUAAUUUCACUUCCAUUUCUCAGUGAGGUCUCUAUUUUUGUCUGAGUUCUUGUAGAACAAGCUGGUGUGCAAAUUUUGAAGCAGCUUCAAUAUUAGAAAUUUACUAGUGGCAGCCAGGUUUUAAGCUACGAUUAUGUUCUAAUCGCAAAUGUUUUAUGGUCUGCCUUUCCUUACCUGAAUGGUGUAUCAAAUAUUCAUUAGCAUGAUUGGCCUUGUAUGUUUUGAAACUCUAAUUUUAGUGUUCAGUUUUCAGUUUUUUAAAAAAUUGUGUUUAGAUUCCCCUAGUGGGAGAUAACUUCUAGUGUUUAUAAAUGUUCCAGUUAACUAAGGAUGGAAUGACCAGGUAUUGUUUUCGGUGCUAUCUUAGUUAUGCUGGAGGAAAAUAUUCUCAGCUAUUUAGGAUACAGAUUGUGAAGCAUUUGACACUAUUAGAGCAGGAGUAGACUUGCUUCAGAUGAGUUCAUUGUGAACUCCAUUUGCACCUACAGCUAUUUUGCCAUUGUAAACAAAUGAUCCUGUCUCAGAAAUGCACGCUGUCAUCUCUACCUUUUGGGUCAAUUUGGAUAACAUGUACAUGUAGCUAGUAUGGAAAUAAUUUUUCCUGCAUACUGAGUUUACUUCUGAUGAGUGUUUUAUGAAAGAUACUUUGGGGGCAGGGGAAGCCCUUCAUUCUGGAAUAGCUUUGGGAAAGGAGUAAUACUGCCAAAUCUUUAGCCUUUAGCACAUGUGCGCACACACACUUAGAAAUAAAUAUUUUGUGUGUUAAAAAUUGUUUAAGAAAGAAUGAUAAUGAACCUGUGUAUUCUUUAAAAUAAAAUUUUAUUUUGAUACAACAUGAUUGCUCUAAGUAAGAUGAGAAUAAAUUAUAUAUUUGAA